AGACCGGGGACAAAAGUAACACGGGACGAAAGUAACAUACUCAAUUUCUUAUUCCAUGAUAAUUAUUUAAAACCAGUAUGUAGUGUAUCAUUUGCACCAUUAUACGGGGCAUAUUUGCACAUAUUUGUAUUGUCGUAGUCCCAUUCUUCUUAUCACAAAAAGAACAAAAACUGAUAUCGCCAUACAAAAGUGAUAAUAAAAUUGUUAACAGUUUCUUUUUUUUAAAAUUCAAUUUUAAUACUAGAAGAACACUUAAUACAUUUACAUCUGCCAAAAGUUGUCCUUUUUCUUUUGCAAGUGUCAGAAACGUUGAAUCAGCUUACAGACAUGCCACGUACACGUAAAAGAAUGACCCAGAGAGGAACAAUUGCAGACAGUGAAAUGAGAAAAGCAGUAGACAUUUGUUUACAAGAAAAUCAGUCUAUACGGUCAGUAGCUGCAAGCUUAAAUAUUUGCCAUGUCAGUCUAAGUAGAUAUAUAAAAAAAUUGAAACUUUAUCAAAAUAAAAGUGGUCCUAAACCAGAGUUUGGAUAUCGAGCACAUAAUAAAGUGUUCAACAAAUUUCAAGAAAAUCAACUUGCUGAUUAUAUUAAAAACUCAGCAGACAUGUAUUUUGGGCUAUCUCCUAUAGCUAUUAGAAAAUUAGCUUUUGAUUUUUCUCUGAAACUAAAUUUAAAAGUACCAAAAACUUGGACUGAUAAAAAUAAUAUUUUGUAUUAAUUUAAAAUGGUUAGUGCCUUAAUUGAAAGUUCUGGCUCAUGAAAGUUGGUUAAUAUAAUUUGAUUUUAAAUAUAUUGUUUUGUUAAUUUUCUUACAAAUUUUUACUGUCGAGACUGACUACCUAUUAUAUAUAAUUAUUUUUGUUGUUUAUGAAUAAUAUUUUGUAUUAAUUUACAAUGGAUACAGUGUCUUAAUUGAAAGUUCUAGCACAUGAAAGUUGGUUACUAUAAUUUUAUUUUAAAUAUAUUGUUUUGUUGACUUUUCUUAUAAGUUCUUACCGUCAAGACUGAAUAUUAGGUACAUUAUAUAUAUUUUUUGUUUAUGAAUAUUUUAUAUUGAUAUACAUUACUU